UGUCUUAGUACGUUUAUCUUUCCCAUGCUUUAGAUGGGCUAUUUCCCCAUAUUUGCGGUUAUCCUCUUAGUUCCAGUUAGAUCUCUGACAUCUACCUCCUCUAGGUGUUUAAAUACCUCGCAGCGUUUUUCAGUUUUUCUUAAAAAAUAUUCAAGUAGCAUCUCUCCGCAAUGUUUAAAAAUGAAAUCUCUCUCUGAAUGGAGUUUUAGUCAACAAAAUUUAUUGACUCGUUUCAACAUUGACCCUGUCAAGGAAAAUUAUGUAAGGAGAGUAACAGGGUGUGUCUUUUCCCGUGUUGCACCAACCCCCCUAAAAUCUGAAUUGCAGCUUGUUUCUGCAUCACAAGAUGUUCUGGAAAAUCUACUGGAUUUGGAUCCACAUGAAGAGAUGAAUCCAAGUUUUGCUAACUUUCUUGCUGGCAAUGAAUUGCUUCCUGGAUCAGAACCAUUGGCUCACCGAUAUGGAGGUUAUCAGUUUGGCUAUUGGGCAGGUCAGCUAGGGGAUGGUAGAGCAAUAACAAUUGGGGAAUAUGUAAACAGCAAAGGCACUCGAUGGGAACUGCAACUUAAGGGAGCUGGGAAAACCCCUUACUCUAGGAAUGGAGAUGGACGAGCCGUUCUAAGAUCAUCAAUCCGAGAAUUCUUAUGUUCAGAAGCAAUGGAUGCAUUAGGCAUACCCACUUCAAGGGCUGCUGCAAUCGUCGUUAGUAGAGAUAUGGUGGUACGUGAUCAAUUUUACAAUGGCAGAAUGAAGUACGAACCAGCAGCAGUUGUCCUCAGGCUCGCUCCCACCUGGUUCCGCAUCGGAUCUCUCGAAAUAUUGACAAAAGAGCAAGAGAAGUUGAAUCUGAAGCAGGUUGUGGACUUCACAGUUGAACAUUACAUGCCCACUGUAGAGAGGGAAAAUUACGUUAAGUUUUUCGAAACAGUCGUUGAACAGUCAUCAGCUUUGGUUGCCAAGUGGAUGGCUCAUGGUUUCACGCAUGGUGUCCUGAACACGGACAACAUGAGUCUUCUUUCCAUAACGAUCGAUUAUGGUCCUUUCGGUUUCCUGGAUUCUUAUAAUCCAUCAUUUGUGCCGAACCACAGCGACGAUGAGGGUCGCUAUUCCUACCUCAAUCAACCAAAAAUCUUUAAAUGGAAUUUAGCCUGCUUGGCUGACGCUCUUCAACCACUUCUAUCGGCCGAAGAACAGCAGCAAACGGCAGACAUCAUCAAACGAUUCGAUGACAUCUAUCUCGAACAGUUCAUGUCCAUCUUCAGACGAAAAUUGGGGCUUUCGCGGCCGGCCAAAGACGAAGUCAGGCUCAUCCAACUUCUCCUAGAUAUGAUGCAACAGCGGCGAGCUGAUUUUACUCAGACUUUUCGACAGUUAGGUGACCUUCACCUAGAUAACAUAGAGCUAAAUGAAGAACACUGGGCACUGCAUUCUAUAUCUAACCAUCGUCGGUUCAGUGAGUUCAUCACUUUGUACCAGGAAAGCCUAAAGGAAACAGAGACAAAAGAAGAAGAGCGCCAUCGUAUCAUGAACAGCGUUAAUCCUCAGUACGUGUUGCGUAAUUGGAUGGCCGAAGCUGCCAUUCGCCAAGCGGAGAAGGGUGAUUUUAACUUGACUAAUGUUUUGUUAAAAGUGUUGAGGAAACCUUACGAAAAGGACGAUGAAGCCGAAGCACUGGGCUUCUCUAAUUCUCCACCCGAUUGGGCAUGCUCUCUCCGAGUUAGUUGUUCUAGUUAAAGAAAAUAAAAUCUUCCCUAUUAACCAGUACUCCGCAUUGUACGUUUCAAACUGACUGUUCAAUACAUUUUCGAUCAGGAAACUAUUUAGUGUACACGGUAAGAGAAAAAGCAAAUACAAAUAUUGGCGGUUA